CGGUGUGUCGCGUCUUCGGCGGCUGUCGGAGUCACACACGGGAGCGGAGGAGGGGAGGUCGUUCCUCUCGCUCCUCAGCAACUUUCUGAACGCUUGUGUUCGUUAAACGGCUCGGUUUGCUCGCGUACUUUCUACUGCGGCAUUUCCAGCCGCUGCGGCUUCGGCUGUGUUCCUGUGCGAGUGUGUUUGGUCUGAGUUGUUGGGGAGAUGUUGUCUGUCUGUGUUCAGGAUGAAGGGUGGAGGUUUGGCAGGGAGCUGCAGCCCCCGUUAGAUUCACCGCCUCACCUUCAUCAUCACCCUCAUCUUCAUCACCCUCAUCUUCAUCAUCCUCAUCAUGGCCAAUCACCUGGAGCUGCUGACGGAGCUGCAGCAGCUGGAUAAGGUGCCCAGUCUGGAACGGCUCCGGGCCGCGCAGAAGCGCCGCACGCAGCAGCUCAAGCGAUGGGCCGUCUACGAGAAGGAAAUGCAGAACAAGAAGCGCAAGGCCGACAAACGCCGCGGUCACGGGAACCUGCGGGAGAACCACAGGAGGGUUUCAUUUGCGGCGAGCAUCGCUCUGCUGGAGGCCUCGGCGAGGAACGAUCCGGAUGAAGUGCGAUAUCUACUGAAGAACAACUUGAGUCCUGAUCUGUGUAACGAAGACGGACUGACGGCCCUGCACCAGUGUUGUAUUGAUAACUAUGAGGAUAUGGUGCGGAUCCUGCUGGCUCACGGAGCGACGGUCAACGCUCAGGACAAUGAGCUCUGGACACCACUUCAUGCUGCAGCGACAUGUGGACACACAGGCCUCGUCAAGAUCCUCAUCCAGCACGGUGCUGAUCUCUUAGCAGUGAACUCAGACGGUAACAUGCCCUAUGACCUCUGUGAGGACGACCCCACGCUCGACAUCAUCGAGACCGCCAUGGCCAACCGAGGCAUCACGCAAGAGAUGAUCAAUGAGACGAGGGCAGCAGUGGAGAGGAGGAUGCUGGGAGAUAUUCAGAACCUUCUGCAGGACGGAGCCGACGUCAAUCAACACGACUCCCAGGGAGCCACGCUGCUGCACAUCGCAGCGGCGAACGGUUAUGCACAGGCUGCAGAGGUGCUGAUGGAGGGAGGAGCCAGAACAGACAUGAAGGAUUCUGACGGGUGGACGCCGUUACACGCCGCGGCAUGCUGGGGACAGGUCCACGUGGCCGAGCUGCUGGUUUCUCAUGGUGCCAAUCUAAAUGCCAAGACGUACAUGGAGGAGACGCCCAUAGAUCUGUGUGAGGACGAGGAGUUCAGGAAUCAUCUGCUGGAGUUGAAGCACAAACACGACAUCAUCAUGAAAUCACAGCUGAAGCACAAGACAUCACUGUGCCGCCGGACCAGCAGCACGGGCAGCCGCGGGAAAGUGGUGCGGAGGGCCAGUCUGUCCGACAGACACAAUCUCUGCAGGAAGGAGUAUCAGACCGAAGCCAUCGUGUGGCGAGGAGGACGAGAGGAAGACGAGCGAGAGCGGGAGUCUGAGCAGGAGAACAGCCACUCGACGCAGCCUGACGAUGUUCCUCGAGCGCUGGGGAUCCUGAAGGACGGCGGCCGACAGAACGGCUGCAUCUCCAGCACUCCAGUGCCGCCUGUGUCUAACGGUGACCCCGUGACCCCUGACCCCUGUGACCCCGACCCGGCGCCCUCCGCCGAGGAGCUCAAGCCCAAAGAGCGGGCGCAGACACUGUCCGAACUCAAGAAGCAGCGCGCCGCGGCCAAACUCCUCGUCCAGCCCGUCCUCAACGGCCACCUGGGAAACGGCUCGACCAAACCCAGCGCAGAAGAUCCUCGCAUGCCGCAGGUCUCGUCCAAUGGCAGCGCGGUCUACUUCACGCCGGCCAGCGGAGACCCGCCCCUGCUGAGGUUCAAGCAGCCAAUAGAAGACGAGGAUCCCAAGAGUGACAGCUGCUGCUGCGUCUCAUAAGGCGCACCGCAUACUUCCAGGAACUGAAAGGAUAAGUUCACUUCCAGAAUAAAAAUCUCCUGAUAGUCAAGGCGCUUUCGCAGCGGAGGAAGCUUUCCGUAAUUCCCAGAACUUCCUCAAAAAGCGGGAUCUUCCGCUAAUAGUUCUAGGAACUAUAGAAAGCUUCCUUCGGAGUGAAAGCGGAGGAUCGCGAGUGUCUGAUUGGCUGAAGCCCAUCAGUGCGUUUAUUUUUCAUUGCAAACCUUGAAGUCUGAAGAGGCGUUUGGGAUGAACCCUGUGCGGGAACGGGAACUUCUCAAAGCGGGAGGAAAGGAUCUCAUUCAGGCUUCCCAGGUUAAAUGUGUGAGUUAAGCUUCUCUGUUUCACGAUUCGUUCCAGCUGUGUAAUGUGUGAUUGGUGUACAGACAGACCCCCGCCGCUCUCCUGUACAGUAUUUAUUUGUAUAUGUGCAUAGAGCCACUCUUCUAUAAGAUUAUUUAUUGUAUUCCAGAGAGAUGACGUGACGGACGGAGCACAGAAGACUCAGUAUUUUUCUAUGACAGUGUUAUAAUGAACAGAUGAAGUAUAUGAACUCACAUUUCACACUCACAUCACGAGAACAUAAUAGCCUGUGAUAUUUUUUGCAUCGUGACAUUAUUUUCA